CAAAAAGUUUCAAUGAAAGUUUUCAAAAUUUACCUAAUCAAAUGUGCAUUCCUUCAUCAUCGGAUGCCUAAAAUACCGAAAACAAGGGUGAAAUAAAUUAACAAAAUACAUGGGAAAAUCCACCAUCAAGAUGUCUAACCAAGGUGCAAGGGAGGUAGGAGAGAGACAAUUGACAGAUGUACAACUUGCUAGAUUAGGAAUCCCAGAACUCGUGAGAAGAUAUCGUGAGUUGGAGCGUGAGAAAAUGCAAGCAAUGUCUGAACAUGGUAACCUCAUGAAAGAGGUCAAUAAACGUCUACAAGUACAUUUAAAUGAAAUCCGCAAUCUCAAAGAAGUGAACCAAAAAUUGGCUGAAGAUAAUCAAGAACUUAAAGACUUGUGUUGCUUUUUGGAUGAUGAUCGACAAAAAGGUCGUAAAUUAGCCCGAGAGUGGCAACGAUUUGGGCGUUACACGUCAGGUGUAAUGAAGAGUGAAGUGACAGACUAUCAAGACAGAUUAAAAGAUCUUGAGUCAAAUCAACAGCAAUUAAUAAAGGAAAAUACUGAGUUGAAAGAACUGUGUGUAUAUCUUGAUGAAGAGCGAGGCUCGGGGGAAGGGUCAUUGAAUGGGAGGGAUGAGGGUGAUGGGAGCAGCAAUGAGUUGAACACAGUAGAGCAACCAGCUAUACAAUCAAGUAGUACCACCCCCGUAAAUAGUAGCAUUACGGCAAUACCUCUUGUUAAUGAGGAAAUUUUACAGUACAUUAGGCAGUUAGAGACAAAAGUAGAUAGUCUUAAACGUGAAGUCCCUCACUCUCAGACUAAUAUGCGGAGAACUUCUGAGGGGUAUGGAGCUUUCCCACCCACAAAUCCACCCACCAAUGCACCCACCAGUUCACCCACCAGACCCCAGGCCAUUGUACAAGCCAUGAAGGUGCUAGAGGUUCAUGACCAAAUUGGGAGCGCCAGUUCUGAUACGGAAUACCUGGGCGAGGAUGAAAAGGCCAUCGUACUAGAGAUGUGUAAUGUGGUUUGGAAGAAACUGGGUGAUGUAAACUGAAGGAUUAUGAGAGAAUGGAAUAAAGUGCACAAUGAAGAACAUAUCGGUACAUAUCAGUAUUAUUGUAGAUUAUCGAUCACCAUGGUUAUCAGGUCCAUAACCAAGGGGAGAUUGGGGUGUUCGAGUGAACCUCCUCCCUGGCCAAAAAUUCUUUCAAAAUCAUGUAGUUUU